AUGAGCUCAGCACCGUCUAAAGAAGGUGGCAGAACAACGAGAGCUGCCAAGGAGGGAAAAGAGUCCACCUCUGGAGCUAAUGCUAAUGCUAGCAAGGAGGCUAACACCAGCCUUGACCCAGCUACAGCCAAGGCUUUCAAGGCUAUGACGGAUCAGUUAACAAAGGUGAUUGAUGCAAAGAUGAGUCUGCUCGUGGAGUCUGUUCAGAAAGUUGUGUCUGGGCUACAGACUGUAGAAAAACGACUCGAUGAGGUGGAGGAACGAGUGGAUACGGUGGAAACCGCGACGAUCUCCUGUAACGGCUGUGUAUUGCAGCUCGAAAAACAACUUAAGGACCCAAUCGAGCGCCUGGACUCUUACAAGGACAGACAUAGACGUGACAAUAUACGCAUAUGGAUGUGUUGAGUCUUUGGAAGGCAACAAUGCGCUUGAAUACUUUGAAAAAUGGAUACCACAACUGCUGAAGCUUGAGACCAAGUCAGGGACAAUCAAGCUGGACCAUUGCCAUCGCCUUGGGCCUAAAAUUAAUCAGAAAUCCAGCAACCAACGUGAUCGACCUCCCUGUGGUGUAGUUGCCAAACUACACAACUCCCGGGACAAGAAACGGAUGAUGGAUGCAGCCAGACGUGCCACGGAGAACGGAGGGAAGCUGCUGUUUGAGGGAGCGACUAUCUCGUUCUGAUUCUCUCAAGGUACCCUCCAAAUCCUUCGAUGACAUCAGAAAGCAACUAAGAGAAAAGAAAGUGGAAUAUUCUACACUGCACAACGGGGUGCUUCGCAUAAAGCACAAUAAUCAGGUAAUGCUGUGCAACACCCCUAAGGAGGCAUCUACUUUUCUCAGCUCCCUGAGCUCUGUGCCUGCAGCUCAGGGCUUUGCUACAGCUUAGCCCUGGAUGCACUAUUUUUGGCUUUUGGAUCAAGAAUGCCUCUGCUGAACAUAAUAAUUGGGCAGCUAAGCUCUAAGUUGCACUUUAUAUUUCUCUCAUUUGGAUAAAUGGAAGCGGCGAGCUACAGCUCUGGGACAGACUGCACAAGAAGUGUACUGUGUGGCUCCCUUUGGCUUUGUGUGUUCGCGUGUGUUGCUCGCUCGGCGUAUGGAAUGGACACGUUUUUGUGGCACUUUUUUGUUUCCUACUAUUAUAUAAUACUAUACCUACUAUUUGGACUUUCAAAAGAUUGGUGCCAUUUUGUUGUCUAUAUUAUUAUUUCAUUGCAAAGGGGACCCUUGUUUUUCUAUGUAUUCAUUUGUUUAUUUUCUUUUUCAUGUCAAAUGUCAUUGAAUAAUCUUAAAAUAUGCUCUUGGAAUGUCAGGGGCUUACACAAACCGAUUAAGAGGAGAACAUUGCUGAGCUUUCUUAAAAAGGAAAAGGUUGAUUUUGCUUUUUUACAAGAGACCUAUUUGGAGGAGAGUAAGGACCAGUUUAAGUUAAAACAUACAUGGAUAGGUGAAGUCUUUAUGACAUCUUAUGCCUCUAAUACAAGGGGGGUAGCUGUUUUAGUUUAUAAGAAUGUUGCAUUCAGAUCUACACGUUAUAAAAGAUAGGCAGGGCAGAUACGUCAUCUUGAGGGGUAUUUUGUUUGGUAAAUCUGUGGUUUUUAUGAAUAUCUAUUGACCUCCAGGUUAUCCUACUGAUUUUCUAACCAAGGCAUUCUCUGAGUUCGUGAAAUUGAGUGCAGACUACCAGUAUGUUGGGGGUGAUUUUAAUGUUCAUAUGAGUCCUUUGGACAAAUGUCCCCCCUCUGACACGCCACCUAGUAGACGGGCCACAACACUUGCCUCAAUGUGUAAUGAUAUUGACUUUGUUGAUGUUUGGAGGACUCUUAACCCAUCUUCUUUAGCAUACACAUUCUUCAGUAAUCCCCAUAAAUGUCAUACACGGUUGGAUUAUUUCUUUAUGCCUAAAUAUCUCCUUAACUCAGUGACAUCAUGCAAAAUUGGGAGCAUAAUUGUGAGUGAUCACGCACCAAUUUAUUUAGAAAUAUCCUUCUGUGAGAUAAAUAGAUUCUCUAGGUCUUGGAGACUCAAUUCCACCCUCUUGAGUAAUGUUUUUACUUCUCAUUUUACUUCAUACUUCAAAACUUUCAUUGAAGCUAACAUAGGCUCUGCACCUAAUCCAUCUAUUCUAUGGGAAACCUGCAAGGUCUUUUCGAGGGGCAUCGUAAUAUCCUAUUCAGCCAGCAGGCGGCGGCAGAGUGCCCUCCAACAAACACAGUUGGAAGAUAAGCUGCAACAGGCAGAGCAGAAUUAUCUGAGGUCUCCCUCUGCUGGUAACCUGAGAGAAGUGAAUGCUUCUCGUAUUGCUGUUGAAUCUACACUCACCGGCCACUUUAUUAGGUACACCAUGCUAGUAACGGGUUGGACCCCCUUUUGCCUUCAGAACUGCCUCAAUUCUUCGUGGCAUAGAUUCAACAAGGUGCUGGAAGCAUUCCUCAGAGAGCUUGGUCCAUAUUGACAUGAUGGCAUCACACAGUUGCCGCAGAUUUGUCGGCUGCACAUCCAUGAUGCGAAUCUCCCGUUCCACCACAUCCCAAAGAUGCUCUAUUGGAUUGAGAUCUGGUGACUGUGGAGGCCAUUUGAGUACAGUGAACUCAUUGUCAUGUUCAAGAAACCAGUCUGAGAUGAUUCCAGCUUUAUGACAUGGCGCAUUAUCCUGCUGAAAGUAGCCAUCAGAAGUUGGGUACAUUGUGGUCAUAAAGGGAUGGACAUGGUCAGCAACAAUACUCAGGUAGGCUGUGGCGUUGCAACGAUGCUCAAUUGGUACCAAGGGGCCCAAAGAGUGCCAAGAAAAUAUUCCCCACACCAUGACACCACCACCACCAGCCUGAACCGUUGAUACAAGGCAGGAUGGAUCCAUGCUUUCAUGUUGUUGACGCCAAAUUCUGACCCUACCAUCCGAAUGUUGCAGCAGAAAUCGAGACUCAUCAGACCAGGCAACGUUUUUCCAAUCUUCUAUUGUCCAAUUUCGAUGAGCUUGUGCAAAUUGUAGCCUCAGUUUCCUGUUCUUAGCUGAAAGGAGUGGCACCUGGCGUGGUCUUCUGCUGCUGUAGCCCAUCUGCCUCAAAGUUCGACGUACUGUGCGUUCAGAGAUGCUCUUCUGCCUACCUUGGUUGUAACGGGUGGUUAUUUGAGUCAUUGUUGCCUUUCUAUCAGCUCGAACCAGUCUGGCCAUUCUCCUCUGACCUCUGGCAUCAACAAGGCAUUUCCGCCCACAGAACUGCCGCUCACUGGAUAUUUUUUCUUUUUCGGACCAUUCUCUGUAAACCCUAGAGAUGGUUGUGCGUGAAAAUCCCAGUAGAUCAGCAGUUUCUGAAAUACUCAGACCAGCCCUUCUGGCACCAACAACCAUGCCACGUUCAAAGUCACUCAAAUCACCUUUCUUCCCCAUACUGAUGCUCGGUUUGAACUGCAGGAGAUUGUCUUGACCAUGUCUACAUGCCUAAAUGCACUAAGUUGCCGCCAUGUGAUUGGCUGAUUAGAAAUUAAGUGUUAACGAGCAGUUGGACAGGUGUACCUAAUAAAGUGGCCGGUGAGUGUAUGCUGUCCUUACAAUCAAAUGAGAGUCUGUUUGUUUAUAUGAAUCAGGGGACAAACCAGGUAAAUAUUUGGCUUAUCUGGCUAAAAAGAGGAAAACCUCACAGACUACUGUGUCAAUUAAGGACUCUACUGGCAAUAUUACUUAUGAGACCCAAACUAUUAAUGAUGUGUUUGCUGCUUUUUAUGAAAACCUAUACAGAUCAGAACAGAGUGAUGAUGCCCCCCCGAAUAAUGGAUGAUUUUUUCUCCAGUAUUGACCUCUCUGUGAUCUCAGACAAGCAGAGGGCCAUUCUAAACGCUCCCAUCACAAAGGAGGAGAUCUGCCCUUACAAAUCUAAAAUCUGGUAAAUGUCCCGGUCCUGACGGUUUUGGCUGUGAAUUCUUUAAGAAAUUUCAAGAUUUACUAAUCGAUCCUUAUUUGGCCAUGAUCAACCACUCAUGUGAAACAGGGAUUCUCCCCCAGUCUCUGAGGGAAGCAUAUAUCACACUCAUCCUCAAAAAGGGAAAGUGCUCAGAGGAUUGUGCCUCUUAUAGGCCAAUUGCAUUACUAAAUGCUGAUUUAAAAUUAUUGUCUAAAAUAUUGGCAUUACGUCUCGAACAGGUACUCCCUACUAUUAUUAAUCCUCAACAAACGGGGUUUAUGAAGGGCCGCAACUCCUCUGACAAUGUACGGAGACUUCUCAAUGUUAUUCAAUAUAUGCAUAGUCAAAAGGAGGCGGGGCUAGUGCUCUCUCUCGACAGCGAGAAGGCAUUUGAUAGGGUCCAGUGGCCGUACCUCUUUCACACUACGAGUAUCUUCGACCUCGGCGACACAUUCAUUCAAUGGGUUAAAAUUCUGUAUAAUGACCCUCAAGCAGCGGUUCUUACUAAUGGCGUUAGGUCUAGGGACUCCUCUUUACAGUGCUCCAAUAGACAAGGCUGUCCUUUAAGUCCUUUACUAUUUGCCAUCGCCAUUGAACCGUUUGCCCAGGCUAUACGCCAGUCGCCUAUGAUCUCUGGGGUGGCUGUUGGAGGGAGGGAACAUAGGAUUAAUUUAUAUGCCAAUGAUGUUCUUUUAUUCUUAACUUCACCAGAUGUCUCUGUUCCAGCUGUUAUGGAUGUUUUACCUUUGUUUGGAUCCUUCUCGGGUUUUAAAGUUAACUUCUCCAAAUCGGAAGCCAUGCCACUGGGUUCCCUACAAAACAUACCAAGUGCCCCUGACCUGUUCCCCCGAUGGCUUUGUUUAUUUGGGUGUUCAUAUUACUCCCCUAUUCGAACAACUAUAUAGUGCCAACUUUACCCCUCUGAUGAACGUCAUUAAAUCUGACCUUGACCGAUGGGCAUCACUACCACUGUCCUGGCUGGGUAGAGUGGCGCUCAUUAAGAUGAACAUAUUACCACGGUUACUAUAUCCACUUCAAAUGAUUCCUGUCUUCCUUACAAGCAAGUUGGUUAAAAUUAUUGAAGGAUGGUUGAGCUCUUUUAUUUGGAACAAGAGAAGGGCCAGGUUGAAAUUAGCGAAAUUGCAACUCCCUGUCUCUGAGGUGGGCUAGAACUCCCCAAUAUAAAAUGGUAUCAGGCAGCUGCACAUCUAAGAUUUGUAGCAACAUGGCUUAGGGGAGACAGGCUUUCAAUUGGCUAGAUAUUGAAGCUGCACAGUGUGACUGCCCUCUCCGAAAUCUCCUAUUUGUCAAAGAUCCAGCUACAGUGAAGAAAUUCUGUAAUAACCCAAUUGUUUCCAACACACUGAAGGCAUGGAGGAUGGCUAGACUCUUAGAGGGUCGAGCCAAAUUGACAUCACUUCUCACCUUAAUUCAAGGGAACCCUGACUUCACUCUGGGCGUUGAUGACUCAGGGUUUAAUUCUUGGAGAGAUAGUGGUAUUACAACACUGGGAAAUUGAUUUAAUGGUCCUACACUCAUGUCAUUUAAUCAAAUACAACAAAAAUAUGGUCUUCUUCGUGGACAAUUUUUCAGGUUCUUUUCAGUGAGGGACUUUAUUUCCAGACGUACAACGCUACUAACUAAUAUAGAUACCUCUCCAAUAGAGAGAGCAUUGACAAUGGAUUUCACAAGGGGUUUUAUUAGUUUUUUCUAUGGCCUGCUGAGAUCUUAUGCAACUGUUAACACACAUGAUGCUAAGAGGAAAUGGGAAAGAGAUCUUGGAGUUGAAAUUGCUGAUGGAGAUUGGUGUGAAAUAUUUGAGAAUGCUAAAAAACUUUCAGUGUGUAAUAGGGCCUGGUCGGUUCAAUUGAGAACUAUACAUCGGUUGCAGAUCCCACCUAGCCUUCGUCAUAAGAUGAACCCCAGUCUAUCGCCUCUCUGUCUUGUGUAAGAUUGAAGAAGGAGACUAUUUCCACUAUAUAUGGUCAUGUUGUAACAUUGAACGUUAUUGGUUUAGUGUUGUACAACAGUUGAAUGAGAUCUUCAACAUCGCUUCUGAGAACCCUCAAACUCCUUGGAGUAAAAGGACUGCAAUUGAAGAAAGCCAUCAGAAACAUCCUAGAGGCCGCAGAAAGGGCCUCGCGGUGGCUGUGGAUCCGUAGGGGGGAUCCGUGGAACACCACGCCACUUGGACACAAGUCGGGGACUGAUCACCCCCGGCUGGGUCGCCCAGAUGAGGGUGUAUGAAGAUUAAAGACCCGAAACACCCUAUGACCCCGGGUACUUCACUGAUGACGUGUCCAAGUAGCACUAGCAGGUGUAUUCAAAUUCCUACAUGGAAUUUGAACUUGAACCUUUGUAUUUGAUUUUAGGACUGCGUGAUCGUAGGAUUGUGAACAAAUCCCACAAACGUCUGUUCAACCUCCUAACCUAUGCCACAAGGAAGAAUGUCCUGUUGUCUUGGAUCGAUGAGAAGCCACCCACGAAAAAAGGCUGGUACAAAAUAAUCAUGCAGUGCAUGCCGUUGGAGUUUCUCACUUGCUUGUUACGUUCCACAACCGAUAACGUCUACAAAAUUUGA